UCGGCACUGGCUGCCCUGAUUUCUGCCGGCUUGCCGACCGGGGCUACCGUCUUGUCCCUGCCCACCGAUGCGUUCGUGGUCCACAACGCCGGCUGGCAGUUUACACCCGGACCCGCUCCCGAUGAGGAAGUGCUCUCCGAAACAGCCCAGCGUUCAGAAUGCCGGUGUCGUCUACUCUGCCUCUUGAACGCGCAUUGCCUCAGCUUCACUCACGACACGGCCAGUGGAAUGUGCACGCUGUUCAGCACCCGCGGGAACGAGGAGACCACACGACCCCAGACCGGUGGUCCGAUCUACUACAGGAAAGGACUGGCGUUCCUGGGAGACUGGUGCAGUGACGACGACGAGUGCAGCUUCCUCACGUCUGGCGUGGGUGUGUGUCGGAGCAACACCUGCGCCUGUCCCGUCGGACACGUCCCGCAGAACGCAGCCACUUGCGCCGAUGGUAAUUCAACACCAGGAGGAGCCAGCGAGGACCCCAGCGUAAGCCCAGGAGCAAGCGCGGACCCCAGCGUAACCCCAGGAGGAACCAGCGCGGACCCCAGCGUAACACCGGAGGGAGCAAGCGAAGACCCCGGCGAGACCGCAGGAGGAACCAGCGAGGGUCCCAGCGAGACCGCAGGAGGAACCAGCGAGGGCCCCAGCGAGACACCGGGAGGAACCAGCGAGAACUCAAGCGAGACACCAGGAGGAACCAGCGAGGGCCCCAGCGAGACACCAGGAGAAACCAGCGAGAGCCCCAGCGAGACACCGGGAGGAACCAGCGAGAACUCAAGCGAGGCACCAGGAGGAACCAACACCAGAAGGAACCAGCGAGAGCACCAGUGA